AUAGGAAUCAUCGAGCGACCACGUCAACAGCUGAGAGAAAAUGGCUGCAGAGACUGUGGUGUAAUCUGCAUAUGACUGAGAAGACGGUUUGUCAAAGUUCAGGGAGAAAUAAAUUAGAUGAAAGAAAACCGUAUAAUUACUGAAUAUAGUGUUUCAUUUUGCCUAUUCUUAUUCCAAUAUAGUUAUAGUUAAAUAAAAAAAACAUAUUUGCAGUUUUGUUUAAUUUGGUUAUUAAAAUAAUUUUCUUGAUUCCCCGGAGAGUUGUUUUUCGCAAGCCGAUGUUUUUUAACAGUUAGGGGGAAACAAAGCAAACGAAAGUUGGACUUGUUUAAGAAUACGCUGAGCACAAUGGCCAUUUGGCCCAAAACACUCCUGGAGCUGAUGUUUUUAUUUGCAUUCUGUCUGUGUGUUCGAGGUGGGAUGACAAAGGAAGACUUAAGACCGGAGGCAUGGCUCCAACAGUAUGGGUACCUUCCUCCUGGUGAUCUUCAUUUAGAAGCAUCCCGUUCAGCUCAAUCCAUUUCUUCUGCUAUUUCUGCAAUGCAAAGAUUCUAUGGCUUAAAUGUCACAGGAAACUUGGACUCUGACACAUUGAAAGCAAUGAGGAGGCCUCGGUGUGGUGUUCCAGAUAAGUUUGGAGCAGAGCUUAAGAGCAACUUAAGAAAGAAAAGAUAUGCUAUCCAGGGACUGAAAUGGAAAAAGAAGAUGAUCACAUUCUGUAUACAGAACUACACGCCCAAGAUUGGGGAGUAUGAGACCUAUGAGGCGAUCAGAAAAGCUUUCAAAGUGUGGGAGAAUGUCACCCCUUUACGAUUUCGAGAGAUCCCCUACAGUUACAUUAGGGAUAAGACAACUGACUAUGCAGACAUUAUGAUCUUAUUUGCUGAGGGUUUUCAUGAUGAUCCUAGUCCCUUUGACGGUGAAGGUGGGUUCUUAGCACAUGCCUACUUUCCUGGAAAUGGCAUAGGAGGAGACACACACUUUGAUGCUGCAGAACCCUGGACCAUUGGAAACCGAGACUUGUGGGGUAAUGAUGUUUUCCUGGUGGCUGUGCAUGAGCUGGGUCAUGCAUUGGGUAUGGAACAUUCAAAUGACCCCUCUGCCAUCAUGGCACCUUUUUAUCAAUGGAUGGACACAGACAACUUUGAGCUUCCUGAGGAUGACCGUCGUGGUAUUCAGCAGCUUUAUGGACCCGACCCUAACAGCCAUCCUCAACCUUCAGCUAUCCCCUACACUCCUUACCAUAUCCCUCAUCCCUCUGACUCUCCACGCAAGCCUCACUUUGGCCCUGAUAUAUGUGAAGGUCACUUUGACAGCAUUGCAAUUCUAAGAGGAGAAAUGUUUAUUUUCAAGAAUAAAUGGUUCUGGCGCGUUCGUAAUCACCAAGUUAUGGAAAAUUAUCCACUGCCAAUUGGACAUGUUUGGAGAGGUCUACCGACCUCAGUUGAUGCUGCCUAUGAGAGAGAGGAUGGAAAGUUUGUCUUUUUCAAAGGUGACCGACAUUGGGUAUUCAGUGAAGCAAAUUUGGAGCCAGGCUACCCAAAGACACUGAGAGCAAUGGGCAGAGGCCUCCCCCAAGACAGAAUUGAUGCUGCCCUUUAUUAUACACCUACAGGCAACACCUACUUCUUUAGAGGAAAUAAAUAUUAUCGAUAUAAUGAAGAGUUAAGGUCGGUGGACCCGGACUACCCUAAACCAUGUAGCAAGUGGCAGGGUGUCCCCGAUGACAUCAAAGCAUCUUUCAUGAGCCGAGACCAAAGUUUCACAUAUUUCUACAAAGCCAAUAAAUACUGGAAGUUCAACAACCAGUUGAUGAGAGUGGAGCCUGGUUACCCCAAGUUUGCCUUAAGUGAUUGGAUUGGCUGUCCAGAUGAAGACCUUAAGACAGGCAGAGGGCGAGAAAGUGGUGAUAGUGAUGGCAAUAAUCAUGACGAAGAGAAUAAUACAGAUGAGGAUAAACUGGAGAAAACAGAAGUCAUUGUCAUUGAGGUGGACAACGCUCCUGGUGAUGGAAGUGGAAUGGGACGUGUAGUGGUGGCGCUUGUGUUGCUGGUUUGUUUAAUUUGCACGCUAGGAGCCUUGCUCUUUUUCCGCAAGUAUGGCACUCCACGGCAUCUACUCUACUGUCAGCGUUCCCUACUAGACAAGGUGUAGAGGGCUGAAGAUGUAUAAAGAGGAGAGAGGGAUGAAAAUAAAGCUACAGGAAGUAUGGUAUAUAUUAUUUCCAAACAUUGUUGACUUACCUUUGCAAAAUAUAAUAAAAAGUGGUUCAAGAUAUUUAUCUGCAUGUAAAAAUUAGAAAGACCAUUUCUGGCCCCAAGAACCUUAAGAUAAACUGGUGCAAUUUUGACUGACAACCCUGCUCGCAGUACAUACAAGUUUUUUAUAAUAAUGGGAGGUGCACUGUGCAAUUUUAGCCUUAAACACCGCUUUACUGAGCAACCAAAAGCAACGUAUUUUACCAUAUUUCUGUAGAAGCAAAAAAAUAAUAAAAUCUGAUAAUGCUCAAAAGAACUCAUUAUGUCCUCUGCUGAGACAUAAAUACAUUAAUUUAUUUGAAAAAAUUUUAAACUUAUACUUUCAUUGCAUGUUUUUUUUUUUUUUUUAAAUGGCUGUUCUCAUCAUCAUUAAAAGAAAAUCCAACACAUUUUGACUCAUAUUUUUAUCCUUUUGGGGUCAUAAUGUGAGUCACAAUAUUGCAAAAAAGUAGAACCAAAGUAUUCACAGUAUAAACCUUGGAGCUAGAGCAUGCUCGUUUAUGUGCACAUCCACAAUGAAUUACCCGAAGUGGAACUUAAAAAAAAGACUGAUGUUUAAAUGUAGCUAUUUAAGAAUGCUGCCUCUGGGAGUUGAAUAAUUUUUGGCCAAUAGCCUCUAAAUCUGUUGUCUAGCUACAGUGGUCAUGUUCAAAAAAGGAGACAGAAAUGGAAAUUUGAUUCUUGCAAUUAGUUAAAUGGUUCCUAAUUCUCUAAAAAAGAAAUUGACUGAGAAAAUUAGACAAACGCUGCUAUCAAAUAGUCACUGUCAGUCAACAUUUCGUAAAAUGUUCUUGCUAAAUACAUGCAAUUCCAAUCAGCCUAUUCUAGACAGUGAGGAGCAAAUAAGUCAUAGUAGCAAAGAAGCUGAAAUGUUAUACAUUUGAGAAUAUGAAUUGCAAGGUGCUUGGGUCCUUUAUUAAAUACAUUUCAAUUUAGUUAAAACAAAGAUAAACGAAAUGUUUAUAGCAGCCUAUGCUAGCAGAAUUUGAUUUCUAAAACUUUUGUAUUCAUAGGCUUGUUGUCUCUUUUGUUUAUGCUUACCUAAAUGUUUUGUUUAUGCUUACCUAAAUGUCUGCAUACAAUGAAACUAUAAUUCAACAAUAUAUUUACCUGAUAGUGUCAGUCCAGAAAUUUCAGCCAUUAUUGCAGCACUAGUAAUUAAAAUGUCCAGAAUUGUACUCCAGUAAACUUAAUUGCUCCCACACACAAUGACUGGCACAAAAAAUACUUUCACAUGCGCACACAGAGACUUGCACCUAACUGAAAAUUCACAUUACGUAAUACUAUAUAUUUUCAGUUUCCAUGGAAAUUUGCUUGAAAUUAUUUCAAACAUCAUUUGAUAUAGUCAGAACGUAUGAUUAUGAUAAAUAAUGUAUCAUUGCUCAUAAUCAAGUUUAUCAUAGAUAUAUUUAUGAGCCAUGUUAAUUGUAAUGUUUUUGUCUUAUAGAAAAUUAUAGAAUUGUUUACUGCAUAAAUAAAACCACUAACAUUUACAAUGUUGCUGUAUGUUGUAAUAAAUGGCCUGCCAUUAGUUUAGCUGAUUAUCUCUCUAACUUUUUUUUACUUUCCUUACCCUUGUAAAAGAGAAACCUCAAACAUAUUUUCAGUCUUCUCUUGGUGUAUUGACUGAUGUCACCAGUCCUUUUUUACUUUUUUAUGCCCUAAUGUCGUUUGUCUUCAUUUCAACUGCUAUAUGUUAAUGUAAAGAUGCUUACUGUUUACUGGAUGGCCUUGUACAUCUCCUGAUGACAUGACAAAUAUAGCUUAUACUCUCACAUAUACAUAGCAUUCAGGGUUAAAAACUGACCUAAAUGAUUAUACCGUUUGAAUAACUAUAACUUUUAACUAUUAGUCCUUAAUAUUGCAAUGUCUUCACCAAAAUUAUUGAUUAUGAUGAUGAUGAUGUAAUUAUUACUUGUACUAACAUUCUUCUAAAUGAAAUGAUGUGUUUUACUAACAUUGACAAUAGAAUAUCCUGCUGGACAGGCAAAACACAUGUAGUGACCUUAAUUUUUGAAUUUCGGAAUUUAAGAAAAUAAUAAAUCAAAGACAAAAAGAAA